UCUCAAAACGGAACAAACUGCUCAGGGCAGACUAGGCAGUGUCAACACAGACACUUAUGGCUCUAAUAGAAAAUCUGAACCUAUGGCCUCCAUCGAACCUGCAGAGAAACCUUGCUUUAAACUCCCCUCCAAAGCUCUUCAACUUCAAACCUUCUGCAACUCAUUCGAUCCGCAAGACUCUCCACACUUGUCGCUGUUCUCUUGUGAAUGAACAACAGCAACAACAGGCUUCCUUUACAGACCAAGAAAAGCAGCUUAUCGACGCACUCAUUGGGAUCCAAGGCCGAGGCAAAUCAGCUUCUCCUCAGCAACUCAAUGAUGUGGAGCGUGCAGUUCAAGUUCUGGAAGGCCAAGACGGCGAGGGAGAUCCCACAAGCUCUGAUCUAAUUGAAGGUCGGUGGCAGUUGAUGUUUACGACUAGGCCUGGCACAGCUUCCCCAAUUCAGAGAACAUUUGUUGGGGUUGACUUUUUUAGUGUAUUUCAAGAGGUUUAUCUCCGGACAAAUGAUCCACGAGUUGCCAACAUCGUAAAAUUUUCUGACUGGAUAGGUGAACUAAAAGUAGAGGCGGCAGCAUCAAUAAAAGAUGGAAAACGGAUCCUCUUCCAGUUUGACAGAGCUGCCUUUUCAUUUAAAUUCUUACCAUUUAAGGUACCAUAUCCAGUCCCAUUUAGACUUCUUGGAGAUGAAGCCAAGGGUUGGUUAGACACUACAUAUCUGUCUCAUUCUGGAAAUCUCCGUAUUUCAAGAGGAAAUAAGGGCACUACAUUUGUGCUUCAAAAGAGGACUGAUCCUAGGCAAAAGUUGUUAGCAGCUAUUUCCACGGGAACAGGAGUUGAAGAGGCAAUUGAUGAGUUUAUCUCCUUAAGCAAGAGUGGGGCUAAAGAUGAACCAGUACUCUUAGAGGGAGAAUGGCAGAUGAUAUGGAGCUCACAGAUAGAAACAGAUAGUUGGCUAGAAAAUGCCGGCAAUGGUCUUAUGGGCAGUCAGAUUGUCAAGAAUGAACAAAUGAAGUUUCUAGUGAACAUCUUACCUGGGAUCAGAUUCUCCAUGAUUGGCAAGUUUGUCAAAUCAGGCACAAAAACAUAUGAUGUUACAAUGGACGAUGCAGCCCUGAUUGGUGGUCCAUUUGGGUACCCUUUGGAAAUGGAGACCAAGAUCAAUAUGGAGCUUCUAUAUAAUGAUGACAAGAUCAGGAUUUCCAAGGGCUACAAUAAUAUUUUGUUUGUCCACCUUCGAGCUUCAGAUGGGUCAAAAUAGAUAAAGAAAAAGUGAAUAGCAACCUGUACUUCUAAUGUUCUAUGGCAACUCGAGUCCCUUUAGGCUGUAUAUAAUGCAUCUCAACACUAUAUUUCAAUGUAAUAGGCUAUUUAACAAUUUUACUAUUAUGGAAUCUUAAUUGGUGCAAUUUAUUCACCCAAAAUUUUAUA